AACCCACUUCUACAUUCUAGCUUCACAUCGUCACAAUCCGCAUCCCUUUCAAGGCUACCACAAACUUACGACAAGAACCUUCUAUACCCAUCAACUUCACCAGCCCCGGCCUUUUUUUUUCCCUUCAGUAACUCCUCACCCCAAAGAUGCCGCGAACAUACUACACCUGAGCUCCAUCAUCCCACCCAUCUUCACCAUACUAUCGCAGCAACUCAACCGCACCUCACAAUGACCGAACGACCACACACCACAACCUCACCCCCUCCCCCGCCCUCUACCUCCCCCUCGAAACAACCUCGACCCCCCUCCUCACCCCCCUCCCCAAACCACGACGACUCCUCGGCCCCCCCGCGCCGCAAACGAUUCCGCUUCAAAUCCCCCCACCGUUCAUCCAGUCACAAGCCCAGCCAGCGAGACAAACACAAACCCCAAGACAAAGAAUCCCGCCACCGUGCUCACCGUGCUCACCGUGCUCACCGUGCUCACCGUGCUCACCGUGCUCACCGUGCUCACCGCGCCCACCGCACCACCCACCCACCACAACAACAAGAAGAACCGACCUCCCUCGACCCAGACACCGCCUUCCGGGAAUCCCUCUUCGACGCCCUCGGCGACGACGAAGGCGCCAACUACUGGGAAUCCGUCUACGGACAACCGAUCCACACGUACGCCAUCCCCUCGAUCCCGAAGGGACCCGGGGGCGAGCUGGAGCAGAUGGACGAGGAGGAGUACGCGGCGUACGUGCGGAGUCGGAUGUGGGAGCGGACGCGCGAGGGGAUGUUGUUUGCGCAGGAGAAGUUGCGGGCGGAGCGGGAGGCGCAGCGACAGGCGGACGCGAAGCGGGCGCGGCGGGCGUUUGCGGCAGAUGAACGGCGGGCGUUUGAGGCGGCUAUGGAGGAGAGUUUGCGGCGCGGGCGGGCGCGGAAGGUCGCGAAGCAGGAGUGGAGGGAGGUUUGGGGCAGGUAUGCGCAAGCCAACACAGAAGACAGGGAGAGGGAGAGGGAGAGGGCAGAAUCUCCGGGAGAAAGACGGCAGAGCUUUCGCAAUCUUGUCUUCUGGCCCGUCGAAUCGGGGAAACGAAGGGAUGUCAAUAAGGAGAAUGUGGAGGAGUUUAUGCGCCGGUGUCCCGAGUACACGGCUAGCCCGUCCACGGCGACCUUGUUGGCAGUGCUCAAGGCGGAGCGCGUUCGGUGGCAUCCGGAUAAGAUCCAGCAUCGCUAUGGGGUGCUCGGGAUUGAGGAGGCGGUGCUGCGCUCGGUCACUGAGGUGUUUCAGAUUAUCGAUCACAUGUGGAAUGAGCUGAGGGCACAGAGCUGA